AUGUCAGUGAACAUUUCUACGGCAGGAAAGGGUGUGGAUCCAAAUACGGUUGAUACUUAUGACAGUGGCGAUGAUUGGGAAAUCGGGGUUGGAAAUUUAAUAAUUGAUUUGGACGCUGAUUUGGAGAAGGACAGACAGAAAUUUGAAAUGAAUAAUUCCACCAACACCACUAGCAGCAGCAACUCUAAGGAUUGUGGAGGUCUGGCCUCCAGUGGGGCCGGUGCUACCGCAGCCUUAGCGGAUGGCCUAAAAUUUGCUUCUGUUCAGCCCUCUGCUCCCCAGGGGAAUUCACACAAAGAGACCAGCAAAUCAAAAGUGAAAAGGAGUAAAACUUCUAAGGAUGCUAAUAAAUCUCUGCCUUCUGCUGCCUUGUAUGGGAUUCCCGAGAUCAGCGGCACUGGCAAGAGGCAGGAAGUCCAAGGGCGCCCUGGAGAGGCAACUGGCAUGAAUUCAGCGCUGGGUCAAAGUGUGAGCGGCGGCGGCGGCGGCGGCGGCGGCAACCCGAACAGCAAUAGUACCAGCACCGGCACCUCCGCUGCCACCGCGGGGACGGCCUCCUGCGGGAAAAGCAAAGAGGAGAAGCCAGGUAAAAGCCAGAGCAGCCGAGGCGCCAAGCGGGAUAAGGAUGCGGGGAAAUCCAGGAAGGACAAGCACGACCUGCUUCAGGGCCACCAGAAUGGCAGUAGCAGCCAGGCCCCUUCCGGGGGUCUCUUUGGCUUUGGGGCCAAGAGCAAUGGAGGUGGCGCGAGCCCCUUCCACUGCGGGGGCACUGGGAGUGGCAGCGUCGCGGCUGCUGGGGAAGUUAGCAAAAGUGCCCCGGAUUCAGGGCUCAUGGGAAACUCUAUAUUGGUAAAGAAGGAAGAGGAGGAGGAGGAGAGCCACAGGCGAAUCAAGAAACUGAAAACUGAGAAGGUUGACCCCCUGUUUACAGUGCCAGCACCACCGCCGCCGAUUUCCAGCAGUCUCACGCCUCAGAUUCUGCCCUCCUACUUUUCCCCAUCUUCAUCCAAUAUUGCAGCACCGGUUGAACAGCUUUUGGUUCGGACUCGUUCCGUGGGUGUCAAUACGUGUGAAGUUGGAGUAGUGACAGAGCCAGAGUGUCUUGGGCCCUGUGAACCCGGGACCAGUGUGAAUUUGGAAGGGAUCGUGUGGCAUGAAACAGAAGAAGGUGUCCUAGUGGUCAAUGUCACGUGGAGGAACAAAACUUAUGUAGGGACCUUAUUGGACUGCACCAAGCACGACUGGGCCCCUCCCAGGUUCUGCGAGUCACCGACCAGCGACCUGGAGAUGAGAGGGGGCCGGGGCCGGGGGAAAAGAGCGAGGUCUACUGCAGCUGCCCCGGGCUCGGAGGCCAGCUUCACAGAGUCCAGAGGGCUGCAGAACAAGAACAGAGGGGGGGCCAAUGGGAAAGGGAGGCGGGGCAGCCUCAAUGCCAGCGGGCGAAGGACACCCCCGAAUUGUGCCGCCGAGGACAUCAAAGCCAGCCCCUCCUCCACCAACAAAAGGAAAAACAAGCCUCCGAUGGAGCUAGACCUGAACUCCAGCUCCGAGGACAAUAAGCCCGGGAAGCGUGUCCGCACAAAUUCAAGAAGCACUCCCACCACCCCUCAAGGGAAACCAGAGACGACUUUUUUGGACCAGGGCUGCUCUUCUCCAGUGUUGAUUGAUUGUCCGCACCCAAACUGCAACAAAAAGUACAAGCACAUCAACGGCCUCAGGUACCACCAGGCUCAUGCCCACUUAGACCCAGAGAACAAGCUGGAGUUCGAACCGGACAGCGAGGGCAAGAUCUCGGACUGCGAGGAGGCCUUGAGCAACGUGGCGCUGGAAUGCAGCGAGCCAAACACAAGUGUAUCGACUUACGAGCAGGUGAAGGCGCCAGUGUCCCCUGGCUCGGGGAACCCCCCCGGAACCCCCAAGGGGAAGAGAGAGCUGAUGAGCACUGGCCCGGGCUCUGUUAUAGGAUCGAAGCCUGGGAAGAAUUCUGGCAAAAAGAAGGGCCUCAACAGUGACCUCAACAACCUUCCAGUCAUCUCCAACAUGACGGCCACCGUAGACAGCUGCUCGGCGGCAGACGGCAGUUUGGCUGCUGAAAUGCCCAAACUGGAAGCAGAAGGCUUAAUCGAGAAGAAAAAUUUGGGAGAGAAAGAAAAGGGCAAAAAAGCCAACAGCUGCAAAAUGGACAAAAACCUCUCGAAGCUUAAAAGUGCCCGGCCCAUUGCUCCCGCUCCGGCCCCGACGCCGCCACAGCUAAUCGCUAUUCCCACUGCAGCCUUUACGGGCACCACCACGGGGACCAUACCCGGACUGCCCUCCCUCACAACCACGGCGGUCCAGGCCACACCAAAGAGUCCUCCGUUAAAGCCCAUUCAGCCAAAGCCCACGAUUAUGGGGGAGCCCGUCACCGUGAACCCAGCUCUCGUGUCGCUCAAAGACAAAAAGAAAAAGGAGAAGCGGAAGCUGAAGGACAAAGAAGGGAAAGAGACGGGGAGCCCGAAAACGGAUGCGAAGCUGGGCAAACUGGAGGACGCCAAGGGGGCUGGCAGAGAUGUAUCCGGGCAUUUCUUAAAGGACCAUCUCAACAAGAAUGAAGGGCUGGCGAACGGGCUGUCCGAGUCGCAGGAGAGCCGGAUGGCCAGUAUCAAAGCCGAGGCUGAUAAGGUUUACACUUUCACCGACAAUGCUCCCAGCCCUUCCAUCGGCAGUGCCUCGAGGAUGGAGUGCAGCGCGUUGGUGAAUGGGCAGGCGCCCGUGGCCCCGCUGCACGUGCUGACCCAGAAUGGGGCAGAGAGUUCCGCAGCCAAGACGAGCAGCCCUGCCUACUCGGACAUCUCUGAUGCUGCCGAUGACGGCGGUUCUGACAGCAGGUCGGAGGGCGUGAGGUCAAAGGCCAGUUCCCCGUCAGAUAUCCUUUCUAGUAAGGAUGGUGUUGUAAAAGGGCAUUCUUCAACGACAGCACAAUCAUCUCAGAUGAAAGAGUCUCACUCUCCCUAUUACCAUGGCUACGAUCCUUAUUAUUCUCCAAGUUACAUGCACCCUGGGCAGGUCGGUGCCCCUGUAGCUGGGAACGGCGGGAGUGCGCAGGGAAUGAAGAUCAAGAAGGAGUCUGAGGAAGAUGCAGACAAGAAAGACAAGGCAGAGCAGCUCGAGGCCAAGAAAGUGGACCAUAAUUCUGCAUCCUUACAGCCUCAGCACCAAUCGGUGAUCACGCAGAGACACCCGGCCCUGGCUCAGUCACUGUAUUAUGGCCAGUACGCCUACGGGCUCUAUAUGGACCAGAAGUCUCUGAUGGCCACCAGCCCUGCCUAUAGACAGCAGUAUGAGAAGUACUAUGAGGACCAGAGGCUGGCAGAGCAGAAAAUGGCCCAAACUGGGAGAGGAGACUGUGAAAGGAAAAAUGAGCUCCCCUUGAAAGAGCUGGGCAAAGAGGACAGUAAACAGAAAAACAUGCCAUCGGCCACAAUCUCAAAAGCUCCCUCUACUCCGGAGCCUAACAAAAACCAUUCUAAACUAGGGCCGUCAGUGCCUAAUAAAUCUGAGGAGACAGGUAAAUCACAGCUUCUCUCCAAUCACCAGCAGCAGCUUCAGGCCGACAGCUUCAAAGCUAAGCAGAUGGAAAACCACCAGCUUAUUAAGGAGGCUGUAGAAAUGAAAUCUGUCAUGGACUCUAUGAAGCAGACAGGUGUAGACCCAACCUCGAGAUUUAAACAAGAUCCAGAUUCAAGGACAUGGCAUCAUUAUGUAUACCAACCCAAGUACCUAGACCCGCAAAAGUCAGAAGAACUUGAUAGAGAAAAGAAACUAAAAGAGGAUAGUCCCAGGAAAACCCCCAACAAAGAGGGUGGUGUGCCCAGCCUUCCUGUAUCGUUAACGAGCAUCAAAGAGGAGCCCAAAGAGGCCAAGCGUCCUGAUUCUCAAUCCUUGGAUGAGAGCAAGCUGAAAAACGAUGAUCGCAAGACUCCCGUGAACUGGAAGGACUCUCGGGGAGCCAGAGUGGCCGUCUCCUCCCCCAUGAGUCAGCAUCAGUCCUACAUACAGUACUUGCAUGCUUACCCUUACCCGCAGAUGUAUGACCCCAGCCACCCUGCAUACCGGGCUGUUUCUCCCGUCCUAAUGCACAGUUACCCUGGGGCCUAUCUCUCGCCAGGAUUUCAUUACCCUGUUUACGGGAAGAUGUCAGGGAGAGAAGAGGCAGAGAAGGUCAAUACCAGCCCUAACAUCACCACGAAAACAACCACUGAAUCGAAAGCACUGGAUUUGCUCCACCAGCACGCCAGCCAGUACCGCAGCAAGUCUCCCGCUCCUGUGGAAAAGGCUUCAGCUGAGCGGGAGCGGGAAGCGGAGAGGGAGAGGGACCGCCACUCCCCCUUUGGCCAGCGGCACCUGCAUACACACCACCACACCCAUGUGGGCAUGGGGUACCCACUCAUCCCUGGGCAAUACGACCCUUUCCAAGGCUUGACCUCUGCUGCCCUCGUUGCCUCUCAGCAGGUGGCUGCCCAGGCAUCUGCAUCAGGAAUGUUUCCUGCACAAAGAAGGUAA